UCCAAAAGCGAAGUGAAAGAAAAGAAAGAUGCAGUUGGGAAAAGAAGUAGAAGGAACAAGAAGGGUAUAUUCUUUUCUCACAAUCGGAUAAUCGCUUGCCUUUAUAUUUUAAUACCCCUCCCCACACCGUCCCACUCAAAAUCUCACUUACAUCAUUUUCUUCAACAAAACAAAACAAACAAACAAUUUCAAGAUUUCAUAUCUACCAUCUACACAGACAACCACAAGAAGAAGAAGAAGAUAUAAGCAGAAGAAGAAGGAGGAGGGGAAAUGGUUUCUUCAAGCUUUUGAUAUGCUUAAUCAUGGCGUGACAGAGGGGAUUUAGGGAGGAACCUUCCUCUCUGAAAUCCCCACAAAAGCAAAAGCUAAAAGGCUUCCUUUUUCUUUGAACUGUGUGUGUGUGAGAGAGAGAGAGAAAGAGAGUUAAAGAGGCAACUGUGUGUGUCUUCUGCAAUUGAACUUCACAUGAAUGAAGGAAGCCACGUGAUGUUUCUUGGCUACAAACGGUGCGGAAGCUAACGGAUCAUGGCUGCUUUAAAGUUUAAACCCGCAGUUAGCGAACUUUUCUCCUUUCAGGGAAAUAAAUAGAUCAUCUUCUCAAAAUAGCCAAAUUUCCUUCUCAUAAUCGAUAAUUAUCUCUCUUAGUAUAUGGUGCCUCGUUUGCUUCUUUUUCUGUAUUAUCUUUUUUCGGUUGAUUCAUCUUCUUCGUAAACAAACUCUCCGGGCAAAUCUCCUUUUGGCAAUUUACAUAUCUGGCUUCUUUAGUUCCUUUCGGAGCCAUUUAUUUAUAUAUAUAAAUAUAAAUUAAUUAAAUAGAUAAACUCCUUCGGGCAAAUCUCCUUUGGCAAAUCCAGAAUUCAUUUCUGGUGAAAACUUUGAUCCAAUUUAUUUGGGGCAAAUCUCCUUUUGGCAUAUCGGGUGUCUCUUCCAGACCCCUCUUUAUCGGGCAAAUCUCCUUUGGCAAUUAUCUCCGGUUUCUUUGGAGAUCCCAUCACUCUCUAUAUCACAAGGAUUGAAGUGAUGGAUGUGUUUCUAAGUGAUUUCGAUAGCUACAGUGAAAGCAGUAGCUCUGAUGAUCAAGAAGACGAUGAGUUCAUGUACAGUGGACAAGCAAGCUGUAUCCUCUCAAAUCUUCAAGAAACCAUUGGAAAAAUCGAUGAUUUCUUGUUGUUUGAAAGAAGAUACGUUCAUGGCGACAUCGUUUGCUUGAUGAAAGAUCACUCACAAAUGGGAAAAGUAACAAACUUUGAGAUGCUUGUAGACUUGGAGAAUCUUAACGAGAAGAAACUAAAAGACAUCAACUCCAAAGAGCUUCAAAGAAUCCGUUCAAUCUCAAUGGGCGAUUUCGUAAUUUCCGGUCCGUGGGUCGGUAAAGCUGACCAGAUAACCGAUUCGGUAACCGUCCUGUUCGAUGACGGGUCAAAAUGUGAAUUUACAAUAACGGACACGGAAAAUCUCAUACCGAUUUCUCCCGAUUUAGUCGAUGACUCACAAUACCCGUAUUACCCCGGUCAACGAGUCAAACUCGUGAAUUCGACCCGGUCAAACUCGACUCAGUGGUUUUGCGGGUCACGAACGGAAACCCACAAUGAAGGGACCGUGUGUAAUGUGGAUACGGGUUCGGUCCACGUGACAUGGCUCGGGUGCGCGUUAUUUGGUUCAGAGGGUGGUGCACCGGUGCCACCAUCUCUUCAGAGCAAAACAGACUUAACCCUAAUUUCGUGUUUCUUGAAUUGGCAACUCGGUGAUUGGUGUGUUCUACCAAAGAUUUCCCACUCGGGUUUUCAAGAAAUCUUUGUGAUUGCGAAAACAAAAUGUAGAAUUGAUGUGCUAUGGCAAGAUGGGAGUGAAUCGUUUGGGUUGGAUUCGAGUUGUUUAAACCCUGUUAACACACUCGAUGCUCAUGAUUUUUGGCCUCAUCAGUUUGUUCUUGAGAAAGGGACUUCAGAUGAUCAGGAAAAUAGGAAGUCGGGGGUUGUGAAGGUGGUGGACGCGAAGGAAAAGACAGUGAGGGUAGAAUGGGAAUUGGAAAAUGAAGAGAAGAAUGUGGAGGAAAUUGUGAGUGCGUAUGAACUGAUUGAUCACCCUGACUAUUCAUUUAGUCAGGGUGAUCUUGUAUUUAGGAUUCAUAAAGGACAGAAAUUUGAGAAAGAUUCUUACAAUUCCUACUUAGAUCAUAUCGGGAUUGUGAUUGGCUUGAAAAAUGGCAUUGUUGAAGUCAAAUGGGCUACGGGUUUCACAUCUAAGGUUGCGCCUCAUGAGAUCUUUCGAGUGGAAAAGUCUGAAGGCGUAUCAGCUACACCACUACUUAACAAUGGAAAUAUGGAAGAGAAAUCCGACCAUGAUACCCGUUCAACGGACCCCACCGAAAAGGAUUUAUUGGAUUCAGAUGAUGAUGAUGUUGAUGAUGAUGAUGAUGAUGAUGAUGAGAAAGAUUGCUUAAAGAUGUUGUAUGAUUCCACUACUUUUAGUGUCCCGCGAGCUGCAAUCGGGUUCUUAUCCAAUGUGGCUACACGGUUUUUCGGUUCUCAGAACUACACAACAUCGUAUGUUAGGUCAGACCAUGUAUCUGAUUUUAACGAGGAAGAUGAUCAGACAUUUGUGGAGACAAAGUUUGAAGAAUCCGAGGAUUCAAAGGUUGUUCCGGUUUUAUCGAAUAGUGAGAAUCUGAAAGGAUUUAGGCAAUUUGACAUGGUUAAUGACUGCUCAAGCCACCAUUUUGUUGAUAGUGCAGAAAAGAGCUCCAUAUCAACUCAGGUGAAAAAAAGUUGGCUAAAGAAAGUCAAUCAAGAAUGGAACAUUUUAACAAACGAUCUUCCGGAAACAAUAUAUGUUCGUGUCUUUGAAGAAAGAAUGGAUCUAAUACAAGCUGCAAUUGUGGGAGCAUCUGGAACUCCUUAUGAAAAUGGUCUUUUCUUCUUUGACAUUUUCCUCCCCCCUGAAUACCCUCACGAGCCCCCGAUGGUGCAUUAUAACUCUGGUGGGCUUCGGGUGAACCCUAAUUUAUAUGAAUCGGGAAGGGUGUGUCUUAGCCUUCUGAAUACAUGGACAGGAACCGGAAGUGAGACAUGGAACCCUAACGAGUCCACAAUUCUUCAAGUUUUACUCUCUCUUCAAGCUUUAGUGCUUAACAAAAAGCCGUAUUUCAAUGAAGCGGGAUAUGAUCAACAGGUGGGAAGUCCUGAGGGUGAAAAGAAUUCGUGUAGCUAUAAUGAGAAUGCCAUUCUCAUGAGCUACAAAUCCAUGUUGUACAUACUUCGCAACCCACCUAAGCAUUUUGAGGCACUUGUGGAGGAGCAUUUCAGCAAACGAUGUGGGCAGAUCUUGAUGGGUUGUAAGGCCUAUCUUGAAGGGGUUCCGGUAGGAGGUGAAAAUGUUGAGACCGAAGGGCAAAAUGGUAAUUCUACGGGAUUCAAGAUCAUGCUCUCAAAACUUGUCCCUAAGCUUGUGGAAGCAUUUACCGCAAAAGGGUUUGAUUGUGGUGAAUGUAGUAAAAGGGAAUUGUAAGUUGUCAUCAAAUAACAUGGUCCUUUUUUAGCUUCACAAUGUGCUGGAUCCGAAAGAAUGUACAACUUUCAAUGCAUUAGGUGCAAACUGUUGAUGCGUUGUUAAUUCGGAUUUGACAACUUGUUUGCUGAAAAGGAAGUUGUAACUGUUGUAUACUAUGUAGAAUACUGGGGUUUAUCAGCAAUUACUGUAUAUAGGUUAUGUACACCACUACAAGGGGUUCCUUUUUGGAAGUUGAAGAUCUCGAGUUCGGAGUAAUGUACAAGUUUUAAUGCACAAUUUACGUGACAUUGAAGCAUUAUUUAUCUAGAUUUGAUGGCUCUUUGUCUGAGAAUGGGAACUACCAAUGUGUGCCAUGUAGAAUAUUGGGUUAUUGGUGUGGUUUAUUUGGAUUUGUAAUAUGCAUUUACCUUGUAAUAUAUUCAUCAAUAAUAACAGACUUGUGGAUGCCUUUAUUGGCUAAACGUAGUUUAUUAAA